GUGUGUGUGUGUGUGUGUAUAAUAUAUGUAUAUACACGAUAUAAAUCGUGAUUAAUUUGCAAGACGUGACCGCGAAACAUUUAGGAGUCAGUUCAUCCGCGCAUGCGUACAACGUCCGAAUUCGCAAACCGGAAGAGAACAGAUUGGGGGCUUUUAGUGUAAAGGAACUGUGAAAGCUUAGAUGUUUAGCAGCCUUUUGACUUUUGUGCUUUGGGGUUUUGUUUUAAAACUUAUUAAUUUCUUUGUCAUUUAAGAUACAAACGUAGCUUUAGUCAUCGCAUUUAACGGUUCAACAGUUUACAGAGUAACAGAAAGAAUAGAGAAGCUGGAACCGGGGUUGCUGCUCUGCUGCGGUGGAAGCAGCAAGGAAGGCCGACAACGCUCCACACAUGAUUCUGUUAUGACAACAAAAUACUUAAGCACUGUGGUGUUACGGUUUGUUGAACUUUAAGCAAACAUCCUUCAUUUUUAUACACAAGUGGAACCUUCAAAAACACCGAUUCCCAUUCCCAAAGGGCUGGAGGAUGCGGGUUCAUGUCGGGUUGUUUUCCCAGCUAAAAGAACAACAGGAUCGUCUUCACACACAACUUUUUAAUUCACCACCACCAACAUCAAACUGAAAACCCAACGGGCGCUCUCUCCGGUGUACAUUGGCUUGUGUUAAACGGGACGAGGGGAGGCGGACGGCUGGAAGAUGCCUCCAGUCGAGGAUCACUGGGAGUUUGGGACUUUCAAAGAGGAGUUCGUCCGAAAAGUUCGUCGAGAUGAAAGAUGAGAGAAAACACUGAUGGAAAAUGGCCCAGCAGAGCUCAGUGAGAGAUGGGAGCAGGUUUUUAAAAAAGGCUGACCAAUCACCUGUCAGCAGGAACAAGAUGCUGCAGGAACCAAGAUAUGUGUCUCCACGUCAAGGCCGUCAGACUGCAUCCCUGGCAAGACUGUCUGAAAUAGAGAACCGCAUCCGUAGCCGCAGGCAGGCCCUUGAACAGACUCGACAGGUGACAUCUGGCCCCACUCUGACACCGCAUUUGACAGUCUCGCCACCGGCAGCCCUGGACACCACCCAGCAGGUCUCUACAGGUGCACAGAGCCAGAGGCGUAGCAGGUUCCUCAAAAACAAACCUGCAGGAUGUGUGGAAUCUACUAAUACUUCUACAGCGGUGGCUCCUCAAAGUGCUGACGGUUUGAGCCCGAGAGUCAGAGCUAGAGAUGCUGCAGCCCUUCCAGCAGAUUUAGAGACAACGCCGGGAAGAAGAACGAGUAAUGUGGGUGUGGAAAGUGAUGAAGAAUACAUGCAGAAACUUCUUGGAGACGUUGAGGAUUCAUCGGACCACAGCGUCUCAGGACCAGAGAGAGCUUCAUCUAUGAAAAGUGAAGGCAAGAUGCUCCACAGGCCUAGUCAGAAGGUUCAAAGCAUAGCGCCACCUGCUGCUCAUCCUCCAUUGCCCUCUGAUGUACCUCCAUCCCGCUCCUCGGCCUCUCCUUCACGUUGUAGUUCACCUUUUCGAUUCAGCAGCAAGACUCGGACCCACUUCAGCCCCUCUGUGGUCCCUACAUCACCCUCUCCUCCGCCCGUCUCCAUUUUACCUUCAGAAAGGAUUGACGCUCAUAACUCAGAGCAUUCUGCGUUGUCCUCACUGGCGGGGGCUAAAGUGCUGUCUCUGGAUCAGCUGUUCCAGGUGGGGUCUGCCUCUGAAGAGCCACACAGUCAGACGAAUUCAGUUUCCUCAGAAGACUUCAAGAUAAAUUUGAUGACACUAGAUGAGCUAAGUCCUGCAGCUGUUGGGUUUACUUCAGAAACAUCAGGAAAAGAGCAGAAUCAAAGGAAACUCAAGGACCCAGUUUCUGGAUCUUGGAACAAACACCGGCAGGCACCACAGGAGGAGGAGCAGGUGGAGGAGGCGCUGAACUACCAAAGUGACUUUGAUAGUUAUGUCAGUGGAGAUGAAGGAGCAGCAGCAUCACUGGUGACACGGGACGAAAGGACCAGAGACAUAGAUUCCAGCACUUUGUCUGACCCAAGUGACCUCAGCUCCUCACAGAUCUCCGAGCGCAGCCGGAAAUCAAUGCCGGUCGGCAAAAGUUCACAUCCUGGUUCCUCAGCAUCACCCAGCAGCCAAAGCUCCUAUCGGUCACCAAGGAGGUACAGUUCAGGUGCAAAGGCUGUGAGAGAUGCAGCCGUCCAGACACAGCCUCGUCCAAUGAAGGACUCAUGGUCAACUGGCAUGGCUACCCUGGACCCCACAGUGGCUAGACUCUACUUGAACCCUCCACCUGUGGUAACUCAUGCCAUCAGUGCAGCAAGACUAGAAGCCAUCUACAUGUCUGACCCAGCUGCAUUUGCUCUGAAUGAAAUGCUGAAACAGCAACUCUCCAUGACGAAACACUUCAUUGACAGCAGCGACCACCUCUACUCCUGCUUACGGCGCAGCUUGGAACCACCAAACUACAGAUACACCAGGCUAAAGGACACCCUCCAGGUACUGUAUACAUGUUCACACACAAACCCCAUUGCUCCUCCUUCAGUCAGGAUUCAGCCACUCACCAGACCCUCUAAAAAUCAGUGACCUGAUUGUUCCAUACGUUUCUAACCGAGCACUUCGCUCUCAGACUGCAGGUUUACUGGUGGUUCCCAGAAUAUCUAAAAAUAAGAUGGGGGGCAGAUCUUUUAGUUAUCAGGCUCCUCUCCUGUGGAACCAACUCCCAGCUUUAGUCCGUGAGGCACACACCUUGUCUACUUUUAAGACUAGGCUUAAAACAUUUUUAUUUGAUAGGGCCUAUGGUUAAACUCUGAUGUUAGCCUAGAUCUGGACAAGUGGGGGAGUACAGGGAGGUGGAGUGUACAGUCGGUAAAGACGGCUCUCCCUUGCCCUGCCUCCAACAUGCCUCCAUCUAAAAGGCUAGGUUAUCCAGAGUUAUCUCUGUAAUUAUGCUGCUAUAGGCUUAGACUGCUGGAGGAUACACUGACCACUUUCUACACUCUACUACUUUCUUCUACAAUCUGCUCUUUAACUGUAUUAUUUUCAGCAAUUUCAGCUGUUAACUUUAUUUUUUCUCUAAGAGUUUUCCCCCCCAGAAGCUACAACGAUGUUCUGCUGAGCUGUGGUAGCCUCAUGGAGGGGGCCAUCGUCUCGAACUGUUGCUAACCACUUAAAACAUUCUCCCUCUCCUGAUAACAUUUUACUUUAUUUGACAUACUACUAGUUUACCCGUUUAAUUAUAGAUUCACUAGGAUAACUACAAUAAAGUUUAUCUCUCACCAAAUAUAAUAUUUACUAAGAAAUCACAAUGUAACCAUGGAAACAUUACUUGGUACUGUAUAUAUGUUGUGUGUGUGUGUCUGCUCUGUCUUCUCGAUGAUCCAGGAUCCUCUGGAGGUUUCUUCCUGUGCUUAGUAUGAGGAUUGCUGUAUAGUCACUGACAAUAGUCAGUGACUCGAUGCAAUUCGCUGGGUUCCUUAUAUAGGAAACGUCUUUCUUAUUGGUUUAAUGAACUGACCUGUAUUGGAAUGUUUACUAUGUGAAGUGCCUUGAGACGACGCUUGUCGUGAUUUGGCGCUAUAUAAAUAAAAUUGAAUUGAAUUAACA